UUGUGAUAAGUAUGUUAUUUUUCACUACAGGUAUAUAAAAUAUUAUUCCACAACAUGGACAUCCCACCAAAUCAAACCAUAUACAUCAAUAAUCUAAAUGAAAAAAUUAAGAAAGAAGACCUGAAGAAAUCGUUAUAUGCCAUAUUUUCACAGUUUGGAACUAUACUUGAUGUGGUGGCUUUGAAAACAUUAAAAAUGAGAGGACAAGCAUUUGUUGCCUUUGAAGACAUACCCAGUGCUACUAAUGCUUUAAGAUCGAUGCAAGGCUUUCCUUUUUACGACAAACCUAUGAGAAUCGCUUUUUGUAAAUCGAAAUCAGAUGCUGUUGCAAAACUGGAUAAUACAUUUGUUCCUCGUGACAAAAAGCUUAAAAGAAAAGCUGUAGAUACAAAAAAGAAACCUGCAAAACAACUACGCCAAAGUGUUCCCGUCAUCUCACAAGGACCUCCCGUCGCAGUUGGAUCUCAAGCUGCAGUUCCGGAAGUUCCUAAUCAAAUUCUCUUUUUGUCGAAUCUACCAGAUGAAACUACAGAAAUUAUGUUGUCUGUUCUUUUUAAACAGUUGGACGGCUAUAAAGAAGUUCGCUUAGUACCAGGACGUUGCGACAUCGCUUUUGUAGAAUUCGAAACAGCUGGUCAAGCUAGCGUCGCGAAGGACACGUACAACGGGUUUAAAAUCACUCCGUCACACGGCAUGACAAUCACGUUCGCACGCAAGUAAUUAAAGGGCGUAGACUUCUUGUUUACCAUUUUGAUUGUCGUAAAGCAGCCAUCUAAUAGAUGUGUCAAUGUUCUUAAAAAACGUAUGUGUGUGGAAGUCAGAAAUAUAAUGUUUUAACUUUGAACACGCUGUUUUCACUUGUAGCAUUGCACUCCGCUCAAGUGAGCCGAAACAUAUCGUCAGAAUCCAGAAACAUUUUUAUAUCAGUACGUUUUUGUACUAAGUUUUGUAGAAAACAAUGCAUUUUUAA